AUGAGCGCCCCUAAGCUCGCCGAGUUUGGCAUUCGCCAUGUGGCCAAAGGAAUUGGGCGUCUUUCUACGGAAGUCAUUGAAAGUGGUUCGGGGAGCUAUGUGACCAUGGUUUCAGGGCGGAAGAUGCUCGACUUCACAUGCGGCAUUGGGGUGGCCAAUCUAGGCCAUUGCCAUCCAGCAGUCACCAAGGCCGCUCAAGCGCAAGUUGCCAAAAUCGUCCAUGCGCAGGUCAACAUCGCCUUUCAAAAGCCCUAUCUCGAGCUCAUCGAGUCGCUGUUGCCCCUGAUGCCGCACAAAUCCCUCGACACGUUCUUUUUCUGGAACUCUGGCUCAGAAGCGGUCGAGGCCGCGGUCAAGUUGGCCCGCCACGCCACCAAGAAGCAGAACAUUAUCGUCAUGCAGGGUUCUUACCACGGACGGACCUUCGGGACCAUGGCGAUGACGCGCUCCAAGACCAUCUAUGCCGAGAACUAUGCGCCGUUGAUGCCGGGCGUGUUUUCUGUGCCAUUCCCUUACUGUGCGCAGUGUUCGAUCGCCUCACAUACCGGCAAACACGGCUUUGACAACUGCUGCAUGGAUCCCGUGACUCAACUGGAGCUUCUUCUGAAGAGGGAGUCGGCGCCGUCAGACACCGCGGCUAUAUUCAUCGAGCCCGUUCUCGGAGAAGGCGGAUAUGUGCCCCCUCCGCCAGGCUACCUCGCCCGUGUCCGAGAAAUUUGCGACAAGAACAACAUCCUGCUGGUGACGGACGAGGUGCAAUGCGGAUUCGGUCGCACCGGCAAGAUGUUCGCCAUCGAGCACUGGGGAGUCCGCCCGGACAUCCUGGUGAUGGCCAAGGGGAUUGCGAACGGCUUCCCGCUCUCCGGGAUCGUGUCGCGGAAAGAGCUGAUGGACACGCAGAAGCCCGGGUCCAUGGGAGGGACGUACGCCGGCAACGCCGUCUCCUGCGCCGCCGCGGUCGCCGUGGCCAAGGCCUUCCAGGAGGAGAAGGUCUUGGAGAACGUCAAUGCCCGCGGCAAGGAAAUGGCCGACAUGCUGCACCAGGCCAAGGCCGACUUUGGCCACAUGGUCCACGACGUGAGAGGCCUUGGUUUGAUGCAGGCGAUGGAGUUCGUGUCCGGCAAGGGCAUCGCCUCCAAGGUCCAGGCCAAGUGCAUGGAGAAGGGCAUGCUGAUCCUCACCACCUCGAUCUACGACACCUUGCGGUUCAUCCCGCCGCUCAACAUCUCCAAGGACGACAUGGCAAAGGGCCUGGGCAUUCUCCGCGAGGCGAUUGAAGAGGUGGCCGCCGGCGAGCAGCCUUAG